AUGGGGAAAGGGCCAGGCUGGCCAAGAUCAGGAGGUGGCCAGGUGGAAGUAAAGUCUGAGAAGCUGGACUUCAAGGAUAGAGUCCAGUUGAAGAUCGGGUCCCUGGAUAACAUCACCCAUGUCCCUGGCGGAGGGCAUAAAAAGAUCAAAACCCACAAGCUGACCUUCCGCGAGAAUGCCAAAGCCAAGACUGACCACGGGGCGGAGAUCGUGUACAAGUCGCCUGUGGUGUCGGGGGACACGUCCCCACGGCACCUCAGCAACGUCUCCUCCACCGGCAGCAUCGACAUGGUGGACUCGCCGCAGCUUGCCACGCUCGCUGACGAGGAGUCUGCCUCCCUGGCCAAGCAAGGUUUGUGA